AUGUCUGAGCAAAUUUCCAUUGGAAACGAUGAGAACAGAAAGCUCAAGCGUAGAAUAGAGGAGCACUCAGAGUCGAGACCUGAGAAGGAAUCGAAGGUCAUGUCAUCGACCUCUGAAUCCAAUGCUGAAGAUUUACUUAAUCUAAGCCUUGGCAUUCACACCAAGUCCUCUAUCAAAUCCUUGGAGAUUGGUGAACAUUCACAUUCAUCUCAAAAUGUCGUUGUUGAACCUUUACCCCAAACCGUUGAUGUCGAACCUUUAAAUGACGAGCAAAAAGUGACGGAAUUUUCUUGUCCUUAUUGUGAUAAGAAAUAUUCCACUCCUCAAGCACUUGGAGGACACCAAAACGCUCAUAAGCGUGAGCGUGCCUUCAUAAAAAUGGAAAAACAGAGGAGGGAAGAUGAACUGAUUUCAAAUCUUAGAUUUAGAUCUGUUCAUCAACCAUACCCUUAUCCAAUUUCAAGCCCUAAUCACUACCAAGGGUAUUCUUAUUUAGGUAGUGCUAACUUGCACCACCCAAUUAGUCACCAUACGAACAAUACCAUGCCUUCUUGGGCUAGUGGUUCUUCUUAUGGUGGCUAUGGAGGGUUGUAUAUGCCAAAUACACCCCCCACAAUACCCCAACUUGCAAUGCGAAUGCCAAGUUCAUCCCUCACAACAAUAGGGACAACAAAUUUUUUGGGCGGAGGUCAAAAUAUUGCAUUACCAAUUCCACAAAGGUCGGACACUUCGGGUUUGGAACUCUUUGCUCAAGCUAAUCAAACCCCUUUAAUUGCUGAGCCUCAUACUAGUCCUAUUGGAGAAGGCCUAAUUCAAACAAAUUCAAACAGGUCUUCAUCGUCAACUCAAUCAACCUCGAAGGAGCUGAACUUGGAUUUCACCCUUUAA